AUGGAAGUUUUAUUUGAAUCUCUGGCUCCAGCGACGUCUCCAAUCAUUAAAAAGUUGAACAAUUUCAAGAACUAUGCAAUCGCUCGGUUUGUUAUUUAACUUUUUUUUUUGGCUUUCCUAAGGCCGUGAAAAUUGUAAUUUACUACUUUUUUUCAUUCACAUCUGGUAUCAUUUUUCUGUACGCAUCAAUUACGAGACAUUAUUUGAAAUAGGUGAUUUCAAAAAUUUGAAAAAAAAACCUUUCAGAAAGCUGCAAUGUUUCAUUCAAAUUACGCGUGAAUGUGAAUUUCACAAUUUUCGUUUCCCCCAUUUUUCCAAGAUUAAAAAUCUCAUGUUGACAAUGAAAAAGUGUUUCAUUUUAUGCCGCGUUCAAAGCUAAUUUGACGCGCACUGUGAAAAUUUUUUUUUUCUAGUUCAAAAGCACGAGCAGCAGAUUCUCACGACGUGAUUGGUUGACCCCGCCCAGCUGGCAAGAAAAAUGUUUUUAAAAUAAAUUUAUGUUGGACAUUUGCAAAAAAGGCGGAGCCAACCAAUCACGUCGUGGGAACCUGCUGCGUUUUGCCGCGUAUCGGCUCGUGCUUACGAACCAGAAAAACUUUUUCGCUGCGCGUGUCAAAUUCACUUUGAACGCGGCAUUCAUUUGAAUGAAAAAAUCAACUUUAAGUCCUUCAUUUUCAUUUCAAGGAGCUUUUGUCUCAAAGUUUGGUGUCCAAUAUAUUUUAAAAAAAUAUCGCUUUUCGUUGGAGUAUACUUUAAAUUUCAUUAUUUUUUUCCACGAUGAGUUCCAAAUAAUUUUUUUCAGAGGUUUGAAAAAUGUCUUCGGCGUACCCGCCGACACCAGCCUUUCAUAUGAUGAAUGGCAACGAGCGAGGCUCCAGUGAGUUUUUUUCUGAACUGUGAUUAUUAAACUUUACUUUUUCCAAAAUUCAUAUAGUGUGUACAAAACUUUUUUUCGUAAAGUAUAUCUUGAACAAAUAGCAGCGUCUCCCAUAUUUUUUUGUUUGAUGAAAAAAACCAUUUUCAGCUCCAAAUGCCCGCAAAAAAACAAUCGUCCAGCGAAUGUCGGGUCAAAGGUUUGAAUUUUUUUUGAAAAAAUUUUUUUUGUGAAUCUUAUAAAAAAAUUAUUUCAGAUCAGUUUAUAUCUGUAUUUAUUGCUAACGGUACUCAGAAAAAAAUUUUUAGAAAGUUUGUGUGAAUUGGUACCUGUAAAAUUAAGAACUUGGCGGACAAUAGGGUGAGUAGAAAAAAAUGCCAAAUUUAAACUUUUUGAAAUUUUCGUCGUUUCAAAUAUCCCUCUUCUAUUUUUAAAUUAAAUUUCAUCAUGAAAGGUUCUGUCGAGUAAUAAUACCAUCCUCAUAAUUCGUAGGAAAAAAACUUUUUUUCGCGGUCUAACCGUUUUUUUCAGCUUAGAUCAGGCUUGUAUAGGGGCUGGUUCGUCUGCCUAUUGGCCCCGGCCAGUUUCUGAGCCCUAACCGGCCUUAGCGGGGCCUUAAUCUAAAAUGGCCGGCUCGCCCCAAAAAGCUUCGUUUUUUUAUGACGAAUAUCAAGCUUUUUCACGUCAAAAGUCUCUUUUUGUUUUUUUUUGCACUCAGAAUUCACAAAAUUAUUAUUUUGAAGGUGAAAAGAGUUUUUCAGUCGAAAUGGUAAUGAAAUUUGAAAAAAAAAUUCGUAGCCUGGCCUGCCCCAAGCCCGCGCAGUCUUUUUCUCAAAAAAACAAAACCUUUUUCAAAAAAGGUUUUCGUUUUUUUCCUAUGAACAUGCAUAGGUAAAAAAAGUGAAAUUUUUAGAAAAAAAGGUAGCAUCAAAAAAAUUUGGAAAUGGGAUAUAUUAAAAAGUAGAAAAUUUUUCGACGCCGAUACAAUUCAAUAGGAUGCGUAGGUUUUAUUUUUUUCGAAUAAACUUAUUUUCUCUUUUUUUAAAGCGUAAUUUCGGUGGUAUGAAUAAAAAAAGCAAGCGAGUUUCUUUUUCUUUCCGACUUUUUUUCCCUUAUAUUUUCCGAUUUAUAAAAACGUAUAGUCCCAUUUUUUUCGUGUUUUAAUCAUGAAUCAGUUACCUAUUUCAUAUGAGAAAAUUCAAAACGAAGAGUUUAUGGAGAAAAAAGUCUGAAAAGGAUUGUUCGAAAACUUCUCCAUCGGAAAGUUCCCUAUUAAUAUGAAAUCUUAGCUUGCAAAUCAAAUAGUAGUCGAAAUUUCUAUCGACCAACUUAGUACUCAGGGAGGAUUAAGGAAGCUCCUGUUUUUAGUAACAUAUUUUUAAUCGAUAUUUGAAAAUUUCUCGGUACAUGAAAUUUAAUUUAAACUUUCAGGAACUGAACAAACAGGAGAACGAAAUGUUGUUUUCGUUGCUCGCCCAGGGGAGCGUUUCACUGACGGCGGCUGUUGUUCAGCUUCUCAUCGCCGAACGAGGAUCUUGGCGCAUUUUGCUGACCGGUGUAGCUAGUUUGAUCAAGGUUCGGAACCGACAGGAAUAAGCUCAAUUUGAUUUUAGGAUCUAACGCAUUAAUGCAGCAAGUUUUCUUGAUUUUUCUUCUCAAAGUAACUUUGCAGGACUAUCAAGAGCGAGCGUAUUUUAUCCGGAUAUUCGACAUUCUCGAUGAGAAGCAGCUUUGGUCGUUCAGAUUGUUGGUUUUAUUUACACCUUUCAUUCCUCAGAAAGUCCUUCUUAUUAAUAACUACACUGGGACAACACAUAAAUUGACAUUUUUUUAUACUGUCAUCUAAUCCCUUCAGCCUCUUACAGGCAGUCCGAGAAGAUAAAUUCAAAAUGUUCGCAUAAAAAUAUAUGCUUCCAGGUACAAAGGCUUCAGGCCGGUUUCUUUCAGUCAAUGCCAACAAUUGUUGGCUUUCGACAGCACCGACAACAGUUCUGAUAGCGGAAUUGUGUAUGGAUUGAAUUUUGCGAAUAUUCCUGAAGCGUGUGAAUUCAAGGUUUAUAUCUUUUUAAAAUUAACACUAAAAUUAGCUUUAAUUUAUUUAUACAGUAAAUAGUUUAUAGUUAAGUUUUUGAGAGUACAUUUUUUUUGCUCAAAUGAAAAAGUGUUCCCUUUUUCAAAUCAACAACUUCUUCUAUUUUCACAGCUGAAAAUAUGCUUUCGGUGUAAUUAAAUUAAUAAAAUAAAAAAACUUAUAAGAAUGACAGAGCAUUUUGAAUUUUUUUAUGAAGGUUCUCCGCUCACAUUUCCUCCGAAUUUUUUUCUUCAUCUGAACAAUAUCUUUAAAAAAAGUUCAAGAAGACAUUAUUUUAUUUUGGCGACAAAUUUGUUCUCGAAGAAAAUCUGUCCAAAAUUGCGUGUUCCAAAAAAAUUUUUUUACUGAUAAGAUAAAAAAAUUUUCGAAGAAUCACAUCAGGAAAAACAUUUUUUUAUUUUGUAGGUGAUACGAAACUGAGAUGGAAACUGUUUUCUGAAAAAAAUUUCAGUUCUUUGUAAGAUCAAGUUUUUGUAGAGUACCUCACUUUGUUUUUAAAAAAAAUUAGAGUUUAUCGAAAGUAGUUUCAAUCAGUUUUUUUUUCAAUUUUAAUCGGCAAGAGAGGGUUUAAAAAAAAAAGCUUUUAAUUGAAUGAAUAAAUAUUUGAGCAACGAUUUUCAGAAUCACCUGGAACGCCGUCAUGCACAAGAGCGAAAAACUGGCCCCAGUGGUUCGUGUUUCUUUUCAAACUUUUCUAAAGAGGUUUUAAUAGGCGCCUCAGUAUAG